AUGGCAAGACAACUUGCAGAUGAAUGUCACGUUCCUACUCUCCCUGCUCUCCAAACUCCUACGAAUGAUAUUUCUCAGCUUCAACAUUUUGCAUCUUCGGUUGGUUACCCUAUUAUUAUCAAAGCGGUAGAUGGAGGUGGCGGUCGUGGGAUCAGGAUUGUGAUCCAAGAAGCCGAGUUGGAGGAUAUGCUCAAAGCAGCAUUGAGAGAAAGUCCAAGCAAGAAAGUUUUUGCGGAAAAAGCUGCGAUUGAUGAGUAUAGACAUGUGGAAGUACAGAUUAUUGGGGAUGGAAAGGGAGGUGUUAGACAUCUUUGGGAGAGAGAAUGCAGUAUUCAGAGACGAUUUCAAAAGGUUGUGGAGUUUGCGCCAAGUGCGGCGGCGGAUAGAGAUUCAAUAGCACGGGUGGUUGAAGCAGCAUUGAGGAUGGCUAAACAGGUGAGAUACUUGAAUGGUUCAAAUCAGACUAGGGAUUUAACCGAGUCACCCUCGCAGAAUUUCUCUAUCAGUCCGGGAAAAAUCUCAUCAUUUCAUUUUCCAUCCGGAAAUGGUAUUCGAGUAGAUACUCAUCUGCAUCCAUCAACUUUCGCCAUCAUCGGCACAGAUUUUGAUAGCUUACUAGCAAAACUCAUUAUCGCCGCACCAACCUGGCUAGAUGUUAUUGCGAAAGCUAAACGUGCGUUGGAUGAUACAUCAAUCAUUGGUAUUGAAACGAAUUUGAAUCUGUUAAGGGCUAUUAUGGCUAGUGACGAUUUUAGGAGACAGAAAUGCGACACGAGAUGGCUGGAGAAGAAUCUACCAGUGCUGCUUGAGUCAUCAAGGAAGAUGGGCGAUAACUUGAAGAAUAAGGUAUCAUCGAUAUCUUCAAGUCAGGCACCGGCUCUGCCUCUAUCAUCAAAUGUUCUCUUUCGUCCGAGAGAUGCAUGGGAUAUUUCUCUCACUCCAGAAAAUUCGAAAGAUGGCUCUGGGAAUACGUCACAUACACCAUAUCAUCUCCAAAUAACCCGAAUUCUGACCAACAAUUUUCCCUCUUUACUCAAAGCCAACAUCCUCUUUACUUCCCGCUCAUCCAGUACCUCAUCCUCAAAACCAACGCCUUACACUCUCUCGCUUACCUCCUCCACCUCGUCUUCCUCCCAACAAUCCUCAAAAAGUCAUCGUCUUGGCAAUCUUUCAAAUCAAAAUCAUAUAAUCGCUCCUUUUCCAGGUAAACUCAUUGAAAUCUAUGUAGAAAUAGGUGAUAAAAUAUUAGCCGGACAAGCCAUUUGUGUGAUUAGACAGAUGAAAAUGGAAGUUGAGAUUCGUAGUAAAAAAGGGGGGAUUGUCACGUGGGUUCUUGGGGAUGAGGAAGAGGAGGAGGAAUGGGAGGUGGGGUUAGAUGUCAGGGAGGGAGUUCUUAUUUUGUUUGAGUUGAUUGGGAAGGAGCACACCGGACUGAUGUUAGCACCUCAUCUGUAA